UCAGUCAGUGUUGAGCCACACAGGGUUUCUGCUGGAGAAAACACUUUUUAAACACUGGAAAACAAGACAGAGUGAGGAAAACAAAUCGGACUAUUUCUUUCUGGGAGUUUUUUUCUCUCACGGAGAAGCGAAGAGAAAAUUCUCAGCGAUCCUUUUUUUGACUUGGAUGAGAAAGUCAAGAAGUCCCGCUCCCGGAGAGACCAGCGGAAUAUGAUUUGAAUCAAGGCAUCGGACAGCACUGUUGCUAUCUAACAGGAUGAAUCUCUGCCUGCUUCAUGCCGUCAUGCUGCUGUGGGCCUUGUGUCCCGGCGCACAGGGCCAGUGUGAUAAGUCAUCCGAGACCAACGCACUUGACCUCUCGGUCUCCUACAAUCUCCCGACUUUCACAGCAGACUUCCCGAUCCAGAACCUGGUGACGCUGGAUGGGAUCAUCUACGUCGGGGCUGUAAACAGAAUCUACGCCCUGGCCCCGAACCUCACGAAGCUGUCGGAGUACCGCACGGGGCCGCUGCUUGCCAACGAGACCUGUGGCCAGAAACUGACCAGCGCAAUUGGCGGCGGUGGCAGGGUGGACAACCACAACAUCGCUUUGGUGGUGGAGAAUAUUUACGACAAGGGGUUGUUCAGCUGCGGCUCGGCAGACAAUGGUGUUUGCCGCCGUCAUGUCCUGGACGACGGCAUCAGCCCGAAAACCGUAGACGAACAAGUGUACUGCUUUGGCGACAAGGUGAGGCAGCGCAAGGGUCAGCCCAGCGACUUGGAUGUUGUGGUCAGCCCUUAUGGCUCUCAGGUGCUCAAUGUGGAAAGCAAUGUCAUCAAGUUUUUUGUUGGGAACUCUGAGAUCCCGGGCAAAGGAAACGUGUCGGCCACUGCACCGCAUCCCCACACCUUUGCUCUGCGGAAGAUGAAGACGAGCCAAAACGGAUUCACUUUCUUCUCCACCCGCUCACACAUGGACCUGAUCCCAUCUCUACGUGGAAACUACUACCUGCGCUACGUUUACUCCUUCCACAGUGGACCUUUCACCUACUUCCUCACCGUGCAGCGGGUGAGCAGGGACUCCCAGGCCUACCACACCCGCAUAGUCCGCAUGUGCUCCGGAGACAUCGAGAUCCGCCGCUACGUGGAGAUGCCCCUUGAGUGCAUCAGCACCGAUAAAAGGCGACGGCGCUCCACAGAAGAUGUGAAGGUAUUCAACAUCCUCCAGGCGGCCCACGUCACCAAGGUGGGCAACGACGUUGAGCUGCAGAAGCAGCUGAAAGUGGAGGAAGGCGAUGACGUGCUGUUUGCCGCCUUCGCCCGGGGAAAGCCGAACUCCCCGGAGCCGACCCCGAACUCGGCCGUCUGCAUCAUGUCCCUGACUCACAUCAAUAACAUGUUCAAGAUGUACAUGCAGAGGUGCAACACAGUCGACCCGUACCACUUCACUGGAUCGGACAAGAAGUCCUGCUACAAUGUGAGUUCAUCGGACGACUGCGGCCCACACGAGGGAAUCCACGAGGGGAAAGAGGGCGAGUACCGCCUGCAGGUGACCCAGUUCGUCCAGAGACUCGAGUACUGGCACAAAGAGUUGACCAACACCUUGGUAACAUCGAUCACCGUGGUGCCAGUGCAUGGCCGUGCAGUGGCAUACCUGGGCACCGCCGACGGACGCCACAUACAGGUGCUGUUCUCCCGAUUUGCCUCCCCACAUGUCAACUUCCGGCUGGACUCGAGACCCGUCUCCACCGGCGUAGCGCUGCUGGACGCCGACGGCUCGGACGGAGCCAUGCUGAUGGCGACAGGGAACAAGAUCACUAAGAUCCCUCUGAUUGGCCCCGGCUGUGGUCAGCUGACCACCUGUACUUCCUGUUUGCUGUCAUCGUGGGUGACCGAAUGCGGCUGGUGUGACGGACGCUGCAGCCGAGCCGACCAGUGCCCGCCCCCCUCCCUCUGGACCCAGGAGUACUGCACACCUGUCAUCACUAAGGUGUUCCCGACCUCUGGACCGAUACGAGGCUCUACGGUCGUGACGAUGUGCGGCAGCAACUUCGGCUUCGACAAGACGGAGAACUUUAAGGCCUCUGAGGUAACGGUAGAGGUGGCGGGAGCUCCCUGCAGACUGACCCGACAGGACAUCAACAGGUGGACUGUGAUGCAGUGUUCCCCCAUGUUCAGUGGGAACUUCACCCCGUCAGGACACACGGUGAAGAUCACGAGUGGACACAAGGUCGCCACGAUGGAGGGCUUCACCUUCGUGGACCCCGUGAUCCACGAAAUAUUCCCGACAUUCGGGCCGAAGUCCGGGAACACCAUGCUGACCAUCAGGGGAGCCUUCCUGGACACCGGGAACAAGCGAGAGGUGACGAUAGGGAAAGCAGCCUGCAAGAUCCAGAGCCUGUCGUCCAACAUGCUGACCUGCAAGACCCCUCCGCACGCCGUUCCCUCCAUGCAACCCGUGAAGCUGACGGUGGAUUCGGUGGAGUGUCUCGCGCCCGUGCCGUUCACCUUCAACCAAGACCCCAUCAUCAACAGCAUCCAGCCCUCACGCUCCUUCAUCAGCGGAGGAUGCACGGUGUCGGCUCACGGCUUCUUCCUCCGGUCCGGCCUCCAGCCCCAGAUGGUCCUCACCACGGGUCAGGAUGCCGUGGUCUUCCAUGUGAGCUGUGUGUACGGUGAGAACCGGACGUCCAUCCAGUGCACCACGCCCUCUUUGGCCAAACUGGCUCUGCAGCCGCCCGUGUUCACCAAGGUGGCGUUCGUCCUGGACGGCUACUCUACGGAUCAGUGGGAUCUGAUCUACGUGGAGGACCCCCUCUUCCAGGACCCCAAACUCACCUCCAAGGACAACAAGAGCAUCGUGGAGCUCAAGGGUGACCAUAUGGACAGGGAGGCGAUGAAGUGUCAGGUCCUGACGGUCUCCAACCACAGCUGUGAGACUCUGACUCUGAGUGGAAACACUCUGGAGUGCACCGUCCCCACCGAGCUGCAGGCCGCCUCCUCCAAGGAGCUGCAGGUGGAGUGGCGCCAGGCGGACUCCAUCCGGCACCUGGGCAAGGUGACGCUGGCUCAGGAGCCGGAAUACACGGGCCUCAUCGCGGGCUGCGUGUGCGUCAGCCUGCUGCUGCUGCUGCUGCUGCUGGGAACACUGCUCAUGUGGAGGAGGAACAAACACAUCGACGAUCUGUCUGAGGUGUGGUAUGAUGGCCGGGGUCACAUCCAGCAUCUGGACAGGCUGGCUAACGCGAGGAAUGUCAGCCCCACUAACGAAAUGGUCUCGCACGAGUCGGUCGACUAUAGAACAACCCUGAUGGAGGAUCAGGGCACCGACAGGCCGGAGACAUGCCGGGCUGCUCCUCCCAUCUACGGGGGCAACGGGGAGCUGCUGUCUCCCAGACUGAGGAGAAUGGGAGGUGGUCUGGGGCUGGGAAUGGAGGGCGAGCUGGUGUCCCCCCUGCUGAUGGCCCCGGUCCACAUCGACCCGUCUUGCCUCCACCCGGACCUGCUGACCGAGGUGCAGCACGUGGUGAUCGCCAGGGAGCAGCUGCUGCUCCACCUCAACCAGGUCAUCGGCAGAGGUCACUUCGGGUGUGUUUUCCACGGAACGCUGCUUGAGCCGGACGGGCAGAAGCAGCACUGUGCCAUCAAGUCCCUGAACCGCAUCACAGAUCUGGAAGAGGUGUCCCAGUUCCUGAAGGAGGGGAUCAUCAUGAAGGACUUCAGCCACGCGAACGUCCUCUCUCUCCUGGGAAUCUGCCUUCCGCCAGAGGGCUCGCCGCUGGUGGUUCUGCCCUACAUGAAGCACGGUGACCUGCGCAACUUUAUCCGCGAUGAAGGACAUAACCCGACAGUGAAGGACCUGAUGGGCUUCGGGCUGCAGGUGGCCAGUGGGAUGGAGUAUCUGGCCAGCAAGAAGUUUGUCCACCGAGACCUAGCUGCCAGGAACUGCAUGCUGGAUGAGAGCUACACGGUGAAGGUGGCAGACUUCGGCCUGGCCAGAGACGUUUACGACAAAGAAUAUUACAGCGUCCACAACAAGAGCGGAGUCAAGCUGCCCGUCAAGUGGAUGGCUCUGGAGAGUCUGCAGACACACAAGUUCACCCCCAAGUCAGACGUGUGGUCGUUUGGCGUGUUGCUUUGGGAACUGAUGACCCGCGGAGCUCCACCGUAUUCGGAUGUGAACUCCUUCGACAUCACCGUGUUCCUGCUGCAGGGGAGGAGGCUGCUGCAGCCCGAGUUCUGCCCCGACGCUCUCUACACCCUGAUGAUCGAGUGCUGGCAUCCAAAGCCGGAGCGGCGACCCUCCUUUUCCGAUCUGGUGUCGCGCAUCUCCGCCAUCUUCUCCAGCUUCAGCGGGGAGCACUACGUCCUGCUCAACACCACCUACGUCAACAUCGAGAAGAUGAGCCCUUACCCGUCUCUCCUCACCUCCUCCACCUCACCCACAACCACCAUCACCAACUGCACCGCUUCCUCCUCCUUGUCUUCCUCACCCGACCACUCCACCUCCACGUCCCUGCCGGCUCAGUCCCCCUUCUUUUGCAACGUGAAGCGAGACUGCUGCAUCUGAGAGGGGGAAAAGUGGAGAGUGGAGGUGGAAAAAGACUCGUAUAACUGAGAAAGAAAGAGCAAAGAAGAAAGCAGUGAGGUGAUGAAGAACUACUGUAUGUACUUGUGAAACACUGGACACGGUAUGCCGAGGAAAAACACAGUUUUUUGGAGCUUUGACUGUUCACUCAAUCUUCUCGAGCAUCGCCAAACGACAGGGUCCGCCAUGAACUAUAGGGCCGAACUUAUCAACUUUUCCUUGACCCCCGGGGAGCGUGAGGUCAGCCGUCCCGCGUCCUCAACAAGACGAUUACACGACGCCGGGAAACGCCUUCUCGAAGAUUCCCACCCCCCAAAAAAAAGAUGUCAUCGACUGCUGCGUCCACUCGCGGAAACGAUUGAUUUCCCUUUCUGGGUGGCAUGGCGUGCUACGCAGAGGUGGGCCUUGGACCUUCUCCCCCCCCCCCCCCGCUGUCUGUGUAAUAUGAAUAUUUGACAAAUGGCCGUGCUUUGUGUCGCGUAGAAAAUGUCACACCUCCUCUCAAAGCCUGCUUUGAUAGAUUGUGGCGCCCCUCUGAGUGAGUAACACCAAGGCGCUGUGGAGGUCGAUGGUUUUGCUGGUGACGGGGUGAAGGGCAGUGUAGGUGUGAGGUGGGAUGUGAAAAUAACCAAAACCUGCUGCCUGUGUGCAGUUCACUGGAUGCUUUAUUUGUGUAAUUAGCUUUUUGAUGUGCUAGAGGGGAGGGGCAAAAAAAAAAGCAUCUCGCAGCCUCCAGAUGUUUCCGAGUGAGAAGUGUCAGAAGCAUCUUUUAAUUUCCUUUUUCUUUUUUUUUUUUUAUCUGAAACGUCCCAUCAUGUCAAAACAGUGACAACAUACACACACAUAGAAACUUUGAGGUUUGGAGCAAAUGACUUGCAUUUUAUUGACAGAGAACAUGCUACAUCUGUAUGAAACGGAUCCCUAGUUCCUUUAACGAGACGCCCACAAGUUCAUCCUCAAUAUUUCACUAAUUAAAUAACUUUUGGUCAAAAUUCCACUAAGUACUUCAUGUUAAACUUUUACCUCAAAGGGUCUCUGUGUUCAUCUGGCUUCAGCGUUGUUAUGUAACUAUCAGCUGUAUAUCACUGUAUGUUUAUGAAUGGAAUAUUUUUAUGUUAACAGGCCGUACCAGUGUGUUUGAACAUUCUAGCUUCUCAACCACAACUUGUGUAAAAGUUGCACUUUUGUUGACUUUUUUUUUUUUUUUUUUAGAGGAUGCUGUACAGGUUUUACUCCGUUCCAGGCAGCCACUAACUUCCAUUCAUUUCUGUACAGUAUGAAAAUCUGCUACUCCGUCACAGUCAACAUCAAGUCUACAUAUAAGUUUUGUCAACAAUAUGUAAACAUAUAAAACCAAAGACACAUACACAAAAUACAAAAUAUGUUACGUCUCUUGCAAAAGCAAACACUUCAUUCACAACUUCGUAAGUUCUUGUAAAAUUGGCAUUUUUGCAUCACAACUUUACGAUCGAAAGUCAAAGAUGAAUUUGACUAAUAACAUUACAUAUUAAAGUUUUCUGUCCAUAUCGCAAUAAUAUUGUUAUUGUGAAUUAUUUGGGCCGGGAUAGUCGUGGAGUGAACGUCUGAUAUCGGGACUGCCCUGUUCAACACAUUCCUUUUUUUGUUCUUGUGAAAAAGUGACGCCUACGUUACCCACAAUGCAACUUGACCGCCGACCGGCUUGUUAAGCUAGCCUCGAGCCGCUAGUAACGGCCGCCUCUAGUGACAUCACUUGAGGCAUUUGGUCAGAUUUUAUUUGUGACUGAAAUAUAAUACAAUGUAUAAAAGGUUUGCUUCCAUCAGGUCAUUCUCUUGAAGUGGUGUACGAGGAUGAGUUACACGACUCAAGCAACUUUCAACAGUUUUCAUAUUUACCUGAAAUGAAUGGAAACAAAUGGCUGCUUUUAACAAAAAUACAAUUUUAAUUUGAAUGGUUCGCUGUGAUGCAAAUUAAACGUAAUUUGUCGCGAAUGUGCUAAAACUUCCAAAUCUCUGCUGAGGUCAAAGCCCCCUUUAAUGUCUGCUUUGUGGAGCAGAUUAUGUUUUUUAUUAUUUUAUCUGAAUGGCUGCUGCUGUGACCGGGCAUUGACGGACAGGUAUGAAUGUUUGCUAUGACAAGAAAAAAUUGCUGUACUAUAUAUUUUUGUAUCGAUGAUGAGCCUCUUCUUUAGGUCUGGUCUAGAUUUGACGACCAGUAGUGAGUGAAAAGUGAUCAAUGAACAAAGCCACCUAAUCAAUCUUUUGUUUUCUGGAGGAACCACUGCCAUCUUGUAAAUAUAGCGAAGGGAUCGCAUGGGAUCUGUGUGUGUGGGUUUUGCAUCUCGCUGAUAAUCACGUGAGCGGAUGCUCACCCGCACGAUGCUCCAAAGUCUCUUUGAUCAUGUGACUCUCCACCACUUUGUCUGUUCUUAACACUGUCUGUUCCAUGUGUGUGCGUGUAUGAUGUUGUUGUACAUAAGAAAUCCUGAAGGUACAUGUUCCUAUGUAAUGUCAAAUCAACCUUGUCGGUGUAAUAAAGCUCUACUAUCAGA